CCCACCACCUGAGGGCUUCGAAGAUUAUUCCCGGCAUUACAUCACACUGAAAGAGUUUUGCGAAAACUCGUUCACGCCGUGUGCUAUUUUAGCCGCCAACCCCCCACCAUCUAAAUCCGUAUAAGACAGCGUCUUAUAGAAAGAUCGCUCAUGACCGCAGCCAUGCCCCACCGCGUGGCUAACUUCAUUCGCACCUCAUCUGGCAACAUUGCUCAGAUCAAGAAGGUUGCACGAUCACGAACGAGCAGUCCCUACACAUCAGACGGCGAGGACCGACCUCAAAUCCAUGCUGUCAAGAUGGCUGAGCUCGCUGAUGCCGUCAAGAAGCACCACCGCAUUUCUCUGCCUUUCGGCAAGUCCCACAAGGACCACCCAUCAGAUGUUUCCAUCGACUGGAGCAUCGAGAGCCCGCCAGUAGUCUUCCACGGCAACACCGAGGAGAGCACUGGUGCGCUCAUCACUGGGCAGAUGUUUUUGGAUGUCAAGGACGAGAUUGUCGAGGUUGGAAGCUUUGCUGCUUCCCUCAAGCUUCACGUCUUCCAGAAGAGACCCUACCAGAGCCACUGCACAGACUGCCAAAACCAGUACACUGAGCUUAAGAGCUGGCAAUUCCUGGCACAACCUACUACUCUCCGAAAAGGUCGUCACGCAUUCCCCUUCUCCAUCCUUCUCGAUGGCCACCUUCCCGCUACCAUGGACACUCCCGUGGUCGCCAUCUCUUAUGAGUUCAAGGCCGACGCCUAUGUGACAAAGAGCGUUCACUCAGCCAGCGGCUCUGUUACACCUAUCCGAUUCGAGCGAACUGUCCCUGUGAAGCGAUCUCUCCCCGAAAACGAAAUUCCUCACCACUCUGUCCGCGUCUUCCCUCCCACCAACAUUAAGGCCAGCGCCCACUACAACAAUGUCAUCCACCCUACCGGUACCAACAAUGUCAGCCUUCGACUUGACGGCCUCAUGAGCCGCAACGAGAAGGCCAAGACCAUUGACUUCUGGCGACUCAAGAAGGUUACUUGGAGACUCGAGGAGACUAUCAAGUCCAUGGCUCCUGCUUGCGAGCGACACGCCCCCGCCUCAACUGAAGAUGCUGAGAAGAAGACCCUCCCCCGCCAGGAGGUCCGCGUUCUUGGCGAGAAGCACCUCCACGAUGGCUGGAAGUCUGACUUUACCGGCACUGAUGGCAAGGUUGAGAUGGAAUUCGACUACUUCGCCAACCAGUACAAGUCUCACACCAAGGAGCUCAAGUUCGCCUGCGAUACCAAGUCUCUGGAAGGUGUUGAGGUGACCCACUCCCUUCUCAUUGAGCUUGUUGUCUCCCGGGAGUACGCCCCCGAGGGUAAGCCUCAACUGGCUACCCAAACCGGCACCGGCCGCAUCUUGCGUAUGCACUACGGUGUUGUCAUGACUGCUCAUGCUGGUAUGGGUGUCAGCUGGGAUAACGAGGCUCCUCCCGUCUACCAAGACGUGCCUCCCAGCCCUCCCGCCUACCCUGCCAUCGAGUCCCCCAUCCAGUACGAUAGCUUGGAGCACAUCGACGCCCAUCGGCUCAGCAGCCUUUCCAACUCCCCUCUUGUUCUCUCAGAAGAUGAAGGCCAAUAAUACCGCCUGAUCAACUGAAUCGCGUUGCUUUUUUGCUUAAUGUUUAAUUUUCUUUGUCACCAACUGCAUGAGAUACGCGGCGAUCCGAUUUGCACAAAAGAAGAUACCCCAGAAGCGUUGAACGGAAGACUCGGUUGCUUCCACAUAUAUUAUAUUUAUGAAGAGAAGGGAAUACAGCACACAUGGGAAAUGACCUUUAGGAUUUGGAGUUUGGGAGUACAAAAAGUUACAAAGAAUUGAAUAUGAAGGGGGCAGAAGAGCCCAUGUGUUGUGCAGCUAUGAAAGCUUCUGUAUCUAGUCACGAAUGAAUCCGGGCCGCUCAAGAAGCAAGCCCAAGACGACGUCCAAUAAUGAACUAUUCAACUCUUA